UAAAAAUGUCUAAGUAUACAGCUCAGCUGUAAAGUGACUAUGUACAACGUUAUUAAGCAUAUAUUUACACACAUAACUUAUUUAUCAUAUUUUUAUUAUUAGCAGUAUGUGAAUAAAAUCCAGUCAACUGUCCCCAAAGAAAAUUUUACCACUAAAAUUGGAGAUUUUCAUUCCAAAAAUUCAGGAUUAUGUUUAAGGAAAUCAUUUAAAUUAAAGUAAAAUACAGAGUGUAGUAGUUCAUCAUGCAUUUUAAUGCACACAUCUCAUGGAUCUUGAUAAUCUUAUAGUGUCAAAUGAUGUCAGUGAUCUCGAGAAUGGUGGGGAUCAGGGUGGUUGAACAUCCAGGAAAUAGCAUUGUUUACUCGGCGGGUUGUGUAGGCACGCUACCGCUAAAUUUGUCUCUAAGUUUCGAUCAAACAGCGGCAAUUUUGGGGCGCGAGGGUCCACUAUCCCGGUCCAACAUAACAACUCGAUCCUGUUAUAAUGCCGAUCUUGCAAUACAAGGGUUCAAUUUGACCGCAGUCUUUACACCAUUUGACAAAAACUGUCCGGUAAUUGGGCAAAUCGUGGCAGCCGAAUUUUCAAAAUACGAUGCCGCCAUACUUACCGAGCUAAGGGGGAGUGGGGAAGACGAGAAUAAAAAUUAUGGCGCUGGACAACCUUGGCCAUAUAAAAUUUAUCCAUGCAUUCUUUCCAACGAAGAUGGUGACGCAAUUACGAAAAUCAUAGGAAGCCCCCUCGCAAAUGAGAAAACAUAUACGGUUCGUUUCGAGGAUACAAUUCCGUCCAAUAUUUUUGAAAAGCUUUUCGACUGGGUGGGAUUAACAGGGGGAAUUUGUAUCCUCGUUGUUGCCGGUGGGAUUGCAUUUCUCCUGGCUUUGUACCUUUUGGCGUGUCUAAUUCCCAUUUUGUGCUUGAUUCUGAAAAUUCUUAUGCGCUGUGUAAUCGUGGUUUUAGAAUUCAUUUUCUAUUCUCCAGUAUGGGUCGUCAAGAUGGGGGUUGCGACAUCCGUGAAGAUCAGAAAGGGGUGUGAAAGUAUCUCGACGACGUGCAUUAGCAGAUGGAGGAAAGUGCGUAUCCUUAUAAGUCAAAGUGACCCUCAAAAAACGUGCAGCAUUUGUUUGGAAGAUUGCACAGUUCAAAGUGUCAAUACGCGCGUUCUACAGUGCAGGCAUAUCUUCCAUGCGAACUGUAUAAGAGAAUGGUUAUCCACAUCACGAAAUUGUCCCCUUUGCAGAACUGCUGUUAACGAGAGGACCCCCCUACUUCGUACGUAGAUGUGUUUUUAUUUGUUCGAUAUUUAUGAAAAAACUCGUCCAGAACUUUGUCGCAAAAUUUUACAUAUAUCGCUUAAAAAUACAACACAAAAGGAAUAAAGCUGAUCACAUAAAUUAUUAAGCAAUAAAAUACAUUCAGCGUUAGAGUUAGACAAAUGUCACAAAUACAUUAAAGACACGUAAUAAAUAUAUAAAAUACGGCUCAA